UGAAUGCGGAUUGACCAAAAAGGGUGCGGUCAAUUGUUUGGUGCUUAAUACAUGUAAAGAAGAAAAAACAAAUAUAUUUGUAAAAUAGGAAACAGUUUUUCAUACUGAUAAGUAUCUUUGAGGAAAAUGCCGAUACUUACGGGCUUAUCUCGAAGAUUUCAUAUGUUAACGACGGAUGCAAUACCUGGACCACCUCGAGUAGAAAUCAAAGGAUAUACUCAUAAUUUAAACACCGUUGAAGGAAGCGGCAAAGCAAAGACGAAAUCGGAAGGCGACAAAUCUUUGAUCACUGGUUCUGCACCUACGAAUACUCGACCUUCGGAGACAAAACAAGACUUUGACGAAAUUAAGUUUCCUACCAGUGAUGAAAAGCAACGUAACAAACCUAAUGUUAAAACAAAAACAAAAUCAAAACAGUGCAAGUACAACACGCAAGGAGCACGCAUUGUGAAUUACAAUAUAAUUAAUUCGAAUGGAGUGAACAUCGGCUCAAGAACUAGUUACAUUUGCAAUGUUAAUCAAUUUCCUACGAAAAAUACGACGUCGUCGCAGGGUUCCUGGCCGAAAUCGAGUACACAACAAAUGCCCGCGGAUGUCGAACGCUUAAGCACGUGUACCGAUGAAAUCACAUUGGAGGAUAUAUUCAUUAUUAAGACCCACAUUGGACACGGCUGGAAAGACAUUGCCAGAAGGCUAUUAUAUUCAGAUGGUCAAAUCGAACAAUUCGAAGAAAAUUAUAAAUUCAGAGGAAUAAGCGAAGUAAUAUAUCAGAUACUCUUAGACUGGAAACAGGCUAACACGAAAGAUGCGGAAAUUGGUAACUUAACAAACCUAUUAUGGGCCUCUCAAGAAUACGAUUGUGCAAAACGAUUAGUCUCUUCUCGAAAAGAUUCUACUUGAUACAUUUCAUAUAUUCCAAGUUUGAUACGUUAUGAUAUCGUCAUUUUUUUGUUUACUGAUCAAGCCAUCAUGGGUGUAGCCAGAGAGGGCACUUGCCCCCUCCCUCCCCCCCUGGACGGAAAAAAAUGGCUUUUGCCUU